GAGGGCAGGGCAGGGCAGCGCAGGGCGGCCCCGGCCGCAGCGGCUCUUUCCCGGGGCUGGAGCGGCUCCUUCCCGGGCCGGAGCGCCUCCCGGCGGCGGGGCCCGCGGCCGGGCCUGCUCGCCAUGAACAUCGACGUGGAGUUCCACAUCCGCCACAACUACCCCUGGGCCCGGCUGCCCGCCAGCGUCAGGCAGGGUCUUGGGAACUCCCAGAGGGAAUAUGAGAGGCAAGUUGUGCUCUACAGCAUCCGCAACCAGCUGCGCUACCGGAAUAACUUAGUUAAGCAUGUCAAGAAAGAUGAACGUAAAUAUUAUGAAGAUCUGUUAAAAUACAGCCGAGAUCAUCUCAUGUUGUACCCGUAUCAUUUGUCUGACAUCAUGGUGAAAGGUCUGAGGGUAACACCAUUUUCCUAUUACACAGGGAUAAUGGAGGAUAUAAUGAACAGUGAAAAAAGCUAUGAUUCUCUGCCCAACUUCACUGCUGCUGACUGUCUAAGACUUCUUGGCAUAGGAAGAAACCAGUAUAUUGAUCUAAUGAACCAAUGCAGGUCUUCAAAAAAAUUUUUCAGAAGGAAAACUGCCCAUGAUCUGUUGCCUGUGAAGCCUGUGGAGAUCGCUAUAGAAGCGUGGUGGGUCGUGCAGGCUGGGUACAUCACUGAGGAUGACAUCAAGAUUUGUACUACAUCAGAGAAGUCUGCUAUUGAUAAGAUAAUUGAUUCAGGUCCUCAACUUGCUGGUUCCUUAGACUUCAAUGUUGUUCACAGUUUGUAUAACAAAGGAUUUAUUUACCUUGAUGUGCCAAUAUCUGAUGACAGCUGUAUUGCAGUGCCACCACUCGAAGGUUUUGUGAUGAACAGAGUGCAAGGUGAUUACUUUGAAACACUACUGUACAAGAUAUUUGUUUCAAUAGAUGAACAUACUAAUGUGGCAGAGCUGGCAAACGUGUUAGAGAUUGACUUAUCUUUAGUAAAGAAUGCUGUGUCCAUGUACUGUCGGUUAGGCUUUGCUCAUAAAAAAGGCCAAGUAAUAAACCUGGAUAAUCUUCAUCCAUCAUGGAAGAAUGUUCCUUCUGUAAACAGACUGAAGAGUACUUUGGAUCCUCAAAAGAUGCUGCUUUCAUGGGACAGUGGGGAAAACAGAAGUCCUAUACAGGAAGCUGGGUCAUCAGCCACAGAUACAGAUACCAACAGUCAAGAUGAUCCAGCUGAAACAGCCAGUGUGAGCAGCCUGAACCUGUCCAGUGGACAUACGAAGCGCAUUGCCUUCCUGUUUGAUUCUACUCUCACUGCCUUUUUAAUGAUGGGAAAUCUCUCACCAAACUUGAAAAGUCAUGCAGUCACUAUGUUUGAAGUUGGGAAACUAUCAGAUGAGAGUCUUGACAGCUUCUUGGUGGAGCUGGAAAAGGUUCAGAGCACAGGGGAGGGGGAAGCACAGCGAUACUUUGACCAUGCCCUAACUCUGAGGAACACAAUCCUGUUCCUGCGGCACAAUAAAGACCUGGGCGCGCAGGCUGUACAGCCUGAUCAACCAAACAAUGGGUUCCCCUUGGACCUGUUACGAUGUGAGAGUUUGCUUGGUUUGGAUCCAGCUACCUGCAGCAGAGUUCUCAACAAAAAUUACACUCUGCUGGUUUCCAUGGCACCACUCACCAAUGAAAUUCGACCUAUUAGCAGCUGUACACCCCAGCAUAUUGGGCCUGCAAUACCAGAAGUCAGUUCAGUUUGGUUCAAGCUGUAUAUAUACCAUAUAACUGGACAAGGACCACCCUCCCUGUUGCUCUCUAAAGGAACACGUCUUCGAAAACUCCCCGAUGUUUUUCAGGGUUAUGAUCGUUUACUAAUAACGUCCUGGGGUCACGACCCAGGAGUAGUUCCUACUUCAAAUGUGCUCACAAUGUUGAAUGAUGCUUUAACUCAUUCUGCUGUUCUAAUUCAGGGUCAUGGCAUGCAUGGAAUGGGAGAAACAAUGCACAUACCUUUCCCUUUUGAUGAAGCUGAGCAACAGGGAGACUUCUCUCGUGUGAACAUGGGCAUUCAUACAGCUUUAAAAAUACUGAGAAACAAAGUGGACUUGCAGCAUUUUUGUGGCUAUGUCACAAUGUUGAAUCCUUCAAGUCAACAUGCUAACAGAAAACUGAGUGAUGCUUCUGAUGGAAGAGGAGAGACUGAACUGGCAUCAGGAUCUGAUGUAAAUGGGAGCACGGAAUCAUUUGAGAUGGUAAUAGAAGAACCCUCAAUGGAUUCUGCAGUCAAGCAAAGCCUUGAAGUACCCACAACUGAACUGGAAUGGGUUCCCCUGGAAUUAUGCUUUGGCAUUCCACUUUUCAGUUCUGAGUUGAAUCAGAAAGUCUGCAGAAAAAUUGCCACUCAUGGAUUAUGUAGAAAAGAAAGCCUUCAAAAACUUCUACAUUCCAGUAGAAAGCUGUCUCUUCAGGUCCUUAAUUUUGUUCAUUCAUUCCAGGAAGGUAUCUCAACACUGGAUCAGCUCCAUGAUGCUGGUUCUUCAAGUUCACUUCUGCAGCCAAUUUCUGCAGACAUGGGUGUUCCUCUUCCUGCCAAGAAUCUCAUGUUCAAGGAAGGUGUAUUGUCUGAAUGGAAUGGAUGGGCCCCUUCCUCAGUUCUUUUCAACCACUCCUAGGGAACAGGUCAAAUAGAGGUUCUUGUGCAUUGAUCACUAAAUGCCUUUCUUCUAUUAUGGUUAAUUCCUAGUGCCAACCACUAAGUGUAUGCUGCUGCUGCAGCAUAACCCGUGUAAAAAUAGUGUUACAAAAUGUGUUGUGUUGCAGUACUGGGGAAGUACUUAAACUGUCUAGAACUUGUUACUCAUUACUGCAUAUCUUGCUGCAACAGAGAGCUUUUUAGCUGUCAGCACUAUUUUUAUCUUGAGACAAUCUUUCUUUUAUAACUAAACAUGCCCUUUCUAGGCUUUCUGAUGAUUGUAAAUUUCUAUGCUGUCACCACAAAAUUGCAAUAGUAGUUUUCUAUGUUCGUUACUCAGACAUAAAUUCUGUUUAGUUUUGUACUGUAUUACUGAAAAUUUUUCUGUAUAAAGGUAAGAGAUUUGGCUCUUCCUCUGAGAGCUCAGUGAUACCAACUGAUUAAAUAAAGAUAUCAUGAUGAUAUGGGGCAUUAAGGAUUGUUGAAUUCUGUAGUUCAGCUUAAUGGUGGGGCCUUGACAAAUCAGUACAAUGGAAGGAGGAGGCUGAGUUAGUGCAGACUCAAUGUCCUGCUGAUGACCUAAGGCCACUUUGAAGAUGAGUGGUGCACUUCCAUCUCUGUCAGGUGGAGGUAGGGAAGUGUGGAAGAUCUGAGGUGGUUAUCUCUGUUUGCAGAGUUGUUAAUGAUAAUGGAUUCAUCCUUCUCUUUGUGUGAAACCAGGAGUGUCUGAAAUUUGAUCCCACUGGGAGAUUUUGGCUGUAAUUUGAAGCUGGUGAUGAUUCCUGUGGGAAAUUCCUGUUGUCAUAAAGUGAGUUUAAAGUAGAUAACUAGUUCUGUCCUGUUGAUUAAUGUUUGAAAGAACAGAGCUCUUGAUUUUUCACAUCAGUUGUUAGCAAAGGAAGAUAACAGCAGAGGAUGUGAAGACAGAAAAUUCAGUGAAUCUGUGUUCCUUGAACUAUUAGCUGUUGAUCAUGAAAAAAAUUAACAGUAAGCUUUUUCAUCUAAAAUCAUGUUCUGGCUCUAUUUGUAGAGGAUGACUGUAUGUAGCAUGACUUUACUUUGUUUUUAUUAGGUAUUAACAACUUUUUGCCAGCUUAAAAAAGUCUGUUCCGUCAAGCACACAAAGAGGACAAGCAACGUAGUUUGUUAACACUUCUCUGCUAGCUCCCUUCUUUACUAGAACUGCCUUGUUUUAAAUAGUCAUAACUAAAAAUGAGACUUAAUCAUCCUGUCAUUACUAUCCUGCAAUACACAGUGGGUCAAGGAUCUGUGGCACCGAUGGUGCUGAACAGCAGCAAGGUGAAAAAUGGCAACAUUUGGGUUUGUAUCCUGUCCUGCAUUAAAAAAGCAUGUCAAAAGCUUGAAGAGGACAAAUGUACAAAUGUAUAGGAUAAUGCAGUGACUUAAUUUACAACUGUGAAGAUCCCAUUCUUUUUCACUGGCUUUGUGUACAUUCCUGAAGUGUAAACAGAGGAAUUGUGCUCUAAGAAACUGGAAAUCUGUAGUACUUCAGUUUGCUCAGUGCUGCUUUCUUAUAUCAGUUUUGUUCUGGAAUUUUACCAGCAACAGCUGAACUUAGCAUUCUGCAUAUAUCACAGUUACAUCAUCCAUAUAAAGUUGAUAAUUUACACUACUGUGACCUUUUGUACUGGACAUACAUACUCUCUAUAGCGGUUUUUAAGUUGCCUUAUUUCCUCCAAACUAAAUUGAAGGGGAAUUGGAUGUCAAUCUGCUAUAAAUGGCUGAAAAAAUCUUUACUGUGAGAACUGUUACAUGGAGAUGAAGCCAAGACCUGGCACUGUAGAGGAAUUCAGCAGUAGUGAUGGCUUACACUUCCAGGGCUGUAUAUGUUACUUUAAGUGCUGCUGUGAGCUGCAGUAGGUGAGUUAGUUUGCUGUAUUGUAUUAAAUUUCGCCAUGCACUAUCCAUACUAGUAUGUAAAGUGAUGAUAGUGCAAGUUGUAUGAAAGUUUGAAAAUAGAUGAAAACUUACUGUUCUCACUGCAUAUUCUUCAGUGUUGCUAAGUGAAGGAUAUUAUCCUUUGUUACUAGGUUGUCUAAAGUAAAGUUUCUCAGUAAAAGUAGUCUGCUCCUCAGAGUUGGUUAAUACCCAUAAAUCUUACCGUUAAUGGUGAGAAUUCCAGAUGUGUUGCAGUUUGUUAGAACUCAAUCCACUCUUACUUAGGGGCUUCAACAUUAGUUUAGGAGCUUAAAUAUUCAAAUCUGCAUAUCUGAAGUUUACUGAAUAAAUUGUAACCAAAGAAGUCUGUUGAAAUUCCUGAAACUCUAUUACAGCAAUAGUGAUUGGGAUGGUCAAGAGGCUUCAAACUAUGUAACUUUUGUUUUAAAUAUGGUGUAAAAACCCAACAGGUCUCAAAGAUCUUAAUACCAAAAGAAUCUAUUUUAUAUUGUAUUGCUAAUAAAGACAAAUUAAAUAAAUUUCUUUUCUUCAGGUAGUUUUAUUGACUGGGGAGAAAAAUCACAUGCAUUACACAUUGUAAAGCUGUUUUAAGUUUCUGUUUCAGUAAGAUUUUUAUCUUGAAGAAGACAGUUUGGCUUUGUGCUCUGGCACAACCCAAGUAGUAUUGAAGCUAGAUGGAUAUCCCUGAAGAUGUUCAGGAGCCAGCUAAGAAGUGUGUUAUGUUUGUUUUCAGUUUUUGAUCAUGAUUUAUUGCACUUUUUUCCUUCAUUGUUCUCAGAUUUUCCCUUACUUUCUUGUUCAGUGUUUCAAAUGGUUUGUAUUUUGGAAGUUUUAAGUACAACUGUAACUGAAUACAGUUGUGCUGUUCUAGUGUGACAUUGUUAAUAUUAUCCAUUGAAUUGUACAAAGUCUGUGUUCAAUUAAAUUAUUGACACAUGUAACAAAUGUUUACAAAUAAACUGUGGUGUAGGUCAAACCAUGUGCAGAAUCCUUCUCAUGCAGCA